AUGAACACAGACCCCGGAUUCAUCGCCGCCGUCGAGGAGGCCAAGAAGGGCGCUGCCGAGGGUGGCGUGCCUAUCGGUGCGGCCUUGGUCGGCAAGGACGGGACCAUUCUCGGCCGGGGACAUAACAUGCGUGUGCAGAACGGAAGUGCGACGCUACAUGCUGAGAUGUCCGCGCUCGAGAACUCUGGCCGUCUGCCUGCUUCCGCGUACGAGGGCGCUACGAUGUACACGACGCUGUCGCCUUGCGAUAUGUGCACCGGGGCGUGCAUCCUGUACAAGAUCAAGCGGGUUGUUAUCGGGGAGAACAAGAACUUCAUGGGUGGGGAGGAAUAUCUGAAGAGCCGCGGGAAGGAGCUGGUCGUUUUGGAUGAUGAGGAGUGCAAGCAGAUGAUGGAGAAGUUUAUCAAGGAGAAGCCUGAGCUCUGGAAUGAGGACAUUGGCGAAUAG